AUGAGGGCCGAGGCGAGCCAGCGGGAUCCUGACAAAUACUGUCAGUAUCAUCGUACACACGGCUAUGACACCACCAACUGCUAUCAGCUGAUCAGCGAAAUUGAGAGGUUGAUAAAGAGGGGACACCUCAGAAAUUUCGUGAAAAAACCAGAGGAAGAAAGGCCUCAGCCGAACCCUACAGCAGAGAGACCCCAGAGGGCGGGAGCAGGACCGGUGAACGAUGGCUCCAGUGGAACCAUCAACAUGAUCGUAGGGGGAACUGGAGGUCGGAUGAGCCGAAGAGGAAAGAAGAGAGGCCGAGAUGGGGAGGGCAGCAGUGCCGAGGUCAUGCAGGUAGUUGAACAUUCUCCAAUGACCAUCUCCUUCUCUCCGGAGGAUGCGCAAGGCGUUCAGAUGCCUCACGAUGACGCUCUUGUUAUCGAGGUCCACAACUACCGAGUCAGGAAGGUUCUCGUCGAUAAUGGUAGCAAGAUGAACUUGUUGCCAUACAGGAUCUUCCAACAAAUGAGAAUCCCUGAAGAACAGCUGGUUCGGGAUCAGGCCCCGGUGGAGGGGAUCGGAGGAGUCCCGGUACCUAUAGAAGGAAAGGUGAAGCUGGCUCUCACUCUCGGAGAAGCACCUUUGGCUCGGACGCACUACGCAGUGUUCCUGGUGGUGAAGCUUCCCCUAAACUACAAUGCAAUACUGGGAAGGCCAGUGAUGUAUGACUUUGAAGUUGUAACCAGCAUAAGGUACUUGGCCAUGAAGUUCCCGACAGAAGCAGGGGUGGGAAUAGUCAGAGGAAGUUAG